AUGAAAGCAGAUGGUUUACAGCAGGAGCUGGACUACUCUGGGGCUACCAAUAAAAGUGAUCCGGCCGAGCUUGCUCUCGUCAGAAAGCUGGACAUUCGCAUUAUGCCUACCCUGUGGGCUAUGUAUUUCCUCAACUAUCUUGACAGAAACACAAUUGCUCAAGCCAGAUUGGAUGGUCUUGAAGACGAUAUCGGACUUCAAGGCAAUCAAUACAAUACAUGUAUCAGUAUCCUGUUCGUUGGGUACCUCUUGAUGCAGAUUCCAUCCAACAUGAUCAUGUCCACUGGCAAGGUUCCUCCCUCGACUUAUAUGGGAGCGUGCAUGAUGAUUUGGGCAGUGGUCUCAGCCUGUACAGCUUUGGUCCACGACUAUAAAGGUCUUGUCCUUGUCCGAUUCUUCCUUGGAAUUGCCGAGGCUCCUUACUACCCUGGAGCCCUCUACAUGCUAUCUUUGUUCUACACUCGCAAGGAACUUGCCACACGUCUUGCUAUUCUAUACUCUGGGAAUAUCAUCGCCACCUCGGUGUCUGGUCUGAUCGCGGUUGGUACGUUCAAUACUCUGAGUGGAGUUCACGGCAUCUCUGGCUGGCGAUGGCUCUUCAUCAUUGAAGGAUCUGUGACUUUUGGUGUCGCCAUAGUCGCCAUUUUUCUCUUGCCCAACCACCCCCUGAAGACUACUUGGCUGACUCCCGAAGAGCGAGCAUUGGCCCACGAGCGUAUUCAGCGUGACACAGUUGGUAUGGAGGAGAACCGCGGAGCACGAGCUGGUUUUAUGCAAGCCAUUCGUGAUCCCCGUCUCUACCUGUUCUGCUUGAUGCAGAAUCUCCAUCUCAGCGCCUGUGGCUUCAAUAACUUCUUCCCCACCGUCGUCGGUAGUCUUGGCUUCGACCGUACGCUGACUUUGAUCUUGACUUGCCCUCCUUACCUCGUCUCCGGUAUUGCCGGUAUUGUCGUCGGUCUAACAUCUGGUAAGAUGAACGAGCGAACCUGGCACAUCACACUCUCCAUGGGUGUCGCUGCCAUCGGCUUCAUCAUCUCCUGCGUCACCCUCAAUACCGCUGCUCGAUACGUCUCCUGCUUCUUAUUCGCAUCCGGUGCUUAUGCGGUGAACUCCGUUAUCCUCGGUUGGGUUUCUGCGACACUCGGUCAGACUACGGAGAAGAAGGGUAUCUCGUUGUCGAUUGUCAAUGUGGUCGCUAAUGCUUCGUAUAUCUAUACGCCCUACCUGUACCCCAAGAGUGAUGGACCGCGCUACCUGACUGCCAUGUCAGCCAACACCGCAUUUGCUGUGGGUACUGUCGCUUGCGCCUGGGGAAUGAAGAUUUGGCUUGUGCGUACCAACAAGAAGAACAGAGCCGGCGGAACUUACACAGAAUUGGCCUAUGCUUACUGA